ACCUUCUGAUCAGCAAGCCCUAGGCUCAGUGGUUUAACCACAGCGCCACCUGGGUCCCCAACUUAUCUACUUAAGCAGGCUCAAAUAAUAAGAAUUGUUUCCAUUGUUGUAGAACUGUCUUUAAUGUUUGGCUCCUGGACAGUGUUGUUUUUAUUUUAUUUAAUCAAUGAGAGAAGUUUCAGUAAAGCCAGUGUAAGUCUACAGAUCUGAGACUCAUGGUGCAUGAGUUAACUUAUAUAAUAAAACCCUUAGAUAGCCAAUUUGAACCUAGCAACAUUUUGGUCAUUUCUGGAGGUUCUAGCAUUCUAGUAUGUUCCAUCAACCAUCUUUGUUGUCUUGACUUUCUCUUCCUGUUUUCAGGUUAGGACUGUGACACUCUGGAGAAAUUAUCUUGACAUGGGUAUGCCUUCCAGCUAACCCAGGGAUGAAAAGAAAAACAGCAGAGUAUUCAUGGAAGCCAGUACUACAGAGCAAAUCUUCUCCACGUGACCGAUUCAAACAUGCCUGCUGCAUCUGCAGGGGGUUCCUUUAUGUUUAUGGUGGACGGCAAAAUACUAUCUUGAAUGAUUUCUGGCGAUACAAGAUAGAGAAUAAUGAAUGGGAGAGGCUGGAAAACUCAGAAGAUGGCCCUGAAGAACUGGAGGAGCACACAAUGGUGGAUUAUCAGGGUAUCCUCUAUAUCUUUGGUGGAAUGGUGGAUUCUGCUUUCACACUGAGAAAGAAUCCUCUUUGGAUGUAUGACACUGAUUCAGCUAAGUGGAUGGAGCGCCAACUCACAGCAGGGGAGAGUGAGGGAAUGGCUCCAGUUAAUCGGAAGGGCCACAGUGCUGUCGUCUACAAAGGCAUCAUGUACAUGUAUGGCGGAUACGUUGACCUUAAGGGUGCUUCUCAAGAAUUCUGGACUUUAUGUCUAAAUAAAAAACAGUGGACACCAGCUGUAUCUUACGGUGGUAGCCCAGGCCCUCGACAUGGCCACUCAGCUGUGGUUCAUGGCAACAACAUGUACUUGUUUGGAGGGCUGAUGGGUCUGAGUGAACAAAAAGACUUCUGGAAGUGGGAUUUCAUGGCUGCCAACUGGUCUAAUAUCAGAACGAGUCACGGGCCUCCUAAAGUGGUGGGACACUCAGCUUUAAUAUUUGAAGAUUCCAUGCUGCUCUUUGGCGGAGGAAUUUCUAAUACCAGGCCAAGCUGUAUUCUGUGGAAAUACCAUUUUCCAUCUCAGAUGUGGAAACAACUGGCUAGGACAACAGAACCUUCAUCCAAAGCUUUUCACUGCAUGUUGGGGAUUGGAUAUGGCUUCCAAGGGAUUGCUGGUUCUUCAAGGAAAUCACUCAGCUAUUUGCAUCAAAAGGAAAUGGGCUGUUCAAAGCUACUGGCAAUCUCUAAGCAGCAUGCCUGUUUUUGUGAGUAUAUUCACCAGGAGCCCUCAUACCAAACAUUCAGCAAUGACGGUAGCACUGAAAUUGAAAUGAAAACCUUUUACCUGUCUCGGGAGGAGCCAGGAUUUUGCUCACGCCAAACCACUUCCAGUUCAGAACUGAGUGCAGAUGAGAAAGCAUGCAUAUUGUCUGAGAGAGAGAGAACAUCCUACCUUAACCUACCAAGAGAACAGGAGUUUGCCACUCUUGACUUUACAGAGGAAAAUGCAAGCUUCAUUGAUCUGACACCUGCCUCUGUGGACAUUUGUGAGUCUUCUGCCUCCAUGGACAUUUGUGAGUCUUCUGCUGUGCUGCUGCUUAUUGGAGGUAAACCUUUGUCAAGUUUCUCUUCAAUUUCAUUUUGGCAAAUGGAGCUAGACAAAAUUUAAAUGGCACAUAUACACAUACUAAAGAGGGAGAACAAAAAUACACCUGGUCUUGUGGUAGUGAUAAUCCAUACUGUUGUAUUUUACCCAUUUUCUCAUGAAACCAAAAUGUCAUGUGAAUAUGAAGUAUUUAAGGAUUUGAGAAUGGCAGCGUUACCACUUCAUGGAGCCAGUCACUCAGGGAAACAAACCAUGCUGCUAUUUUUAAUGAAUUGGUUUAGGUCUGCAUGCUUGGAUUGAGCAGCUUCAGUAUGAAUGCAGAAAAAGCAUCCAGUAAGCCUGCUGCUUGUUCCUACAGUUAAUUAUUUUAUUUAUAUAGAGCAGAGCUGCUCAAAUUAUGGCCCAUGGUGGUCUGCAGCAUGGCUCUGGAUCUGUAGUUGGAGAUGGAACAUCAAUAGUCGUGUUGAUUUUUAGUGGUUUUUUUAUGCCUUAUAUUGUAUUCUUACUGAAUUAUAAUUUGCAAUCUAUGGCAUAUGAAUUGGAAUACAAUAUAUAGAAAACAAAAGGAACAAUAAAAAUACAAUUAAAAAUCAUACUGCAGCCAGCCUAGCACAUUAUAGUUGCUACAACAGGCAAAAAUCCUUAAUCAGUCUACUCUCAGCAACCUUCAAGUGGUCCAUGAGAAAAUGUUUUGGAAGCACUGCUUUA